UCCGCCCCUCCUUUUUCUCGUUUUCUUCCUGAGAGCGGCUGUUCGGCUCCCUUUCCCUUCCCUUCCCCCUCACCCUGUCCCGUCCCUCGCCGCUUCCUUCCUCCUGUCUUGCCAUGGAUGGUGUUGUUACAGAUCUUAUAGCAGUCGGUUUAAAGCGUGGAUCUGAUGAGCUUCUUCCUUCUGGUAUCACAUACGGGACUCUUACGAUGAGCAAUCCUACUCCUACUACUGCUAAUGGGAAUGACAACAAGAAAUUUAAAGGAGACAGAUCUCCCUGCUCACCUUCUCGAGUUCUUCAUCUGCGUAAAAUUCCAAAUGAUGUCACUGAAGCAGAAGUAAUUUCUCUAGGUGUACCUUUUGGCAAAGUUACUAAUCUCUUGAUGUUGAAAGGAAAAAGCCAGGCUUUUCUAGAAAUGGCUUCAGAAGAAGCUGCUGUUACUAUGGUGAACUACUACACUCCUGUUACACCUCACCUUCGCAGUCAGCCUGUUUAUAUUCAGUAUUCCAAUCAUAGAGAACUUAAGACUGACAAUCUACCCAACCAUGCUAGAACUCAAGCUGCAUUGCAAGCAGUGAACGCUGUGCAGUCUGGAGGCAUGGCCCUCACAGGUGCUCCAAUGACUGAAAGUGGUCUGCCUCCUGGUCAGAGUUCAGUUCUUCGAAUUAUUGUGGAAAAUCUCUUCUAUCCUGUUACUCUAGAAGUGCUAUAUCAGAUCUUCUCCAAGUUUGGAACAGUUUUGAAGAUCAUAACCUUUACAAAGAAUAAUCAGUUCCAGGCCUUGCUUCAAUAUGCUGAUCCUUUGAAUGCACAGUAUGCCAAAAUGGCUCUGGAUGGUCAGAAUAUCUAUAAUGCCUGCUGCACUCUUCGCAUUGAUUUCUCCAAGCUAACAAGCCUUAAUGUAAAAUAUAACAAUGAUAAGAGCAGAGACUUCACACGUCUGGACCUUCCUUCAGGGGAUGGGCAGCCUUCACUUGACCCUAAUAUGGCUGCUGCUUUUGGCACUCCAAGUAUCAUCUCCUCACCAUAUGCAGGGGCAGCUGGCUUUGCUCCUGCCAUUGGCUUCUCCCAAGCAGGUUUAUCGGUCCCGGCUGGCGCACUUGGUCCUCUUGCAAUUUCCACCUCUGCAAUGACUGGGCGGAUGGCUCUCCCAGGAGUUACAGGAUUACCUGGAAAUUCUGUGUUACUUGUUAGCAAUCUUAAUCCUGAUGCAAUCACACCAGAUGGGCUUUUUAUCUUGUUUGGUGUUUAUGGUGAUGUCCACCGUGUAAAAAUCAUGUUUAAUAAGAAGGAAAAUGCCUUAGUUCAGAUGGCAGAUGCAACUCAAGCCCAACUAGCCAUGAAUCAUUUAAAUGGACAAAGACUAUAUGGGAAAACACUCCGUAUUACACUCUCAAAGCAUCAAACAGUACAGCUCCCUCGUGAGGGUCAAGAGGACCAGGGUCUAACUAAGGACUAUGGCAAUAGCCCUCUGCAUCGCUUUAAGAAGCCCGGCUCCAAAAACUUCCAAAAUAUCUUCCCUCCAUCGGCCACUCUUCACCUCUCCAACAUUCCGCCUUCUGUCACAGUGGAUGACCUGAAGGAUCUUUUUGCUGGUACUGGGUGUACUGUGAAAGCCUUCAAAUUCUUUCCAAAAGACCGCAAAAUGGCUCUUAUCCAAUUGGGCACUGUGGAAGAAGCAAUCCAAGCCCUCACUGAGCUUCAUAAUCAUGAUCUUGGAGAAAAUCAUCACCUCAGAGUUUCCUUUUCUAAAUCUACAAUCUGAAUCUUAUGCAUUGAGGAGUUCAACGCGUUGCCGUUAGUUCCAGUAAAAACUUUCAGGCAGAGACCAUAAUAGGCCAAACCAAGGCGGCAUCCUUGAACAAUGAAACUUGUGUGCGUCAUGUGUAAUUCUGUACAUUGUAACAAAUCGUAGGUUUAUCUUUUGCUAUAAUGGCAAAUGGUCCUACACAAAGUUUUCUGUUAAUAAUCUUACCUUCUUUAGCAGAACCCUUUUUUGGGGUGGGGGGUGAUUUCAGGAACAUGGUCUAAGCUUUUAUUCCCAGACAAUAUUUGUGUUCCAUGUCAAACAAUGUGCUUGAUCGAAUGUUUUAAAAAUAUUUUUGGCAAAUUACUUUAUUCAUCAGUUACAUCCAAAAUAUUUUGGUGGGAAUAGUUUUUUUUUACCAAUUAAUGUUUUAAUCAUUCUCUAUUGAAAAUAUUGGAGGAAAGGCAGUGCCUUAUUUCUCCUUGGAGUAAUGUAAUGAUAUCCAAUAAAUUCUGUAACUUACACAGAUAAAUUGUCCUAAGGUGACCCCGUUGACAGUUCUAACUAGGCAUUAAAUCACGUUUGAGAGAUAACUGUUGUUACUAUGAGAUGAAGUGUAAUGAGAUAUUGGAGAAAAUGAAAGAAGAAAUAUGUCCUGAUUUCAAGUUUUGUACAUUUUUUUCAGAAAAAUAAUUGUUUACACUCCUAAAAAAAAAUCAGGUCUGUCAUAUGGUUUGACAAAUUUUUAGAAAGGUUAUUUUUUUGGUAAGGUCUUGUUUAAACUUAUAAAACUAAACCUCAAGGGUUUUUUGUACCACUAUAAUCUCUAAUACUUAAAUCAGAAUUACUAUGUAUUUACUUAAUUUCUUAUGUGCCUUAUUAUGUGCUUAUAAAUGAUAUAAUAGUUUAGAGUUUUAUCUGAAGUAUCUUUAACUAUAUUGUGGCUUUGUGAAAUUUUUUCCCUUUGUCUUAGUUUUUAAACAUUUGGUGAUUUUAAAGAUGUUUUUAAUAAGUAAUAGUCAAACCAGAUUUUGGUGCUUUGGUAUAGGGAUGGGUAGGUUGGGAAUGAAGAUAACUCAGUGCACCUGCUUCUAGGCCUCUUCACAACAUUUUAGGGGUUGCAGUUGAGAGAUGUCCUUGUUGGGCUUUAGAGAAUGUUCUCAGUUUCUGGUUGAUAUCUAACAGUUGAUUUAUUGACUCUGAGAAUAUUUUGUCUCAGGAUUCUUUUCACCCAACAGUAAUGGGCUUGUUGUGCUCAGUGCAGAUGGGCUUACAUUCAUAAAUGUCAAAACUUCAGGACUGAACGUUCACUCCUUUUUGGAGAGAAAGAUGCAAUCUUAACUAUUUUUUGUGAAAUAUAGGUAUACUCAAGUUAUUUCUAUGAUUGUAAUACAAUGUUUUUAGAGGGGGUCUCAAGAUGUUACGUCUACUGAAAAAAAAUGCAUUGUUUUAUAAAAUAUUCCUCUCGUCAAUAAGGAUGGUUAAUCCUUUCCAUGGAUUUGAAAAUGGAGACAAAGAUUUAAAAAAAAGAAAUGGCAUGUGACAAUAUGAAGCGUGCUCAUUGUCUUUGGAAUGUUUAGUAGGUCAGAUCGUUCUGUGAAUACCAGCUUUUGCUUGGCAAAAAGAAUUUCACAGCUUUAGAUCAAUCUCUAAACUCCUUUAAACUGAUAAAAUUAUAAGUUACUUUUGAAAUGCGAGUUCCUUACUAACAUUGCUGUAGCAUGAAAGGAUACGCAGUGAGACACUGGCUGCCUUAAAUUUAUAUAGUUGUGCGUGGAAGAUAGUUUGUUGAUAAUCACAGUUUGGACACUUGAUUAGCAUGUGUAUGUUUUGUUUUGUCAACAUGUAUGUUUCUUCAUGUAAAGCUACAUUAGUGUCCAGUAAGAUCUGAACCCAUUUUAGCUAUGACUUGCAGCUGUUUGAAAAUAAUAAGUCUAUUAAAACAAGCCAACUCUACAGUAGCAACACAUUUUCUUAGUUUAGCAAAGUGAUUGAAAGGAGUGUCUGAUUCGGGUAUGGCACAUGAGCCUUAGUAUUUCCCUUCCAUGCUAUCAAUUUUAACGAACCAUGGCUCAAAAUAAGUAUGUUCAGGAUGACAGCCCCUUAAGCCAUUAAAUAGCUUCUUGGAUUAGAGAAACAGUAAAUUUGCCUUGUAUUGUAACUUGCUAAAUUAUUUUUAGGCUUGGUCACCAUGUGUUUAAUGCUGCUACAGAGAGGGGUGUAGUUGGACUUAAUGAAUGUAACUGAAGCAGGAAAAAAUGAGAGUGAGCAUUAACAUGUAUAAUAUCAAGAGUGUUUUGUGUGUGUGCGCGUGCGCGCAUGUUGUAUGUGAAAUACCUUAUUUUUUAUGCUGAUAAACAUUGCAAGCAUUUAAUUUAUUGAUUUUACUAAUCUUAAAAACAAUUUUGUAGUGUUAAGGGAAAUAAAUGGUCAAUUUAAGAUUUAAAAAAAUACCAUAGUUCCUAUAAAACUUCCUACUUUCAGUCUUGAGUUUUAGACCUACAAUUAUAGUUACAUGCUGGCAAAUGUUUUGGAUUUUAUUUUGGAUAUAUUCUUUUAGUGAGGUCUCUUCAUAAUUCCAUUAUAUUCUGUAUAAAUCGUGGUUGUAGUGUAUGUGUGUUUAACAUUUUGAGUUUGAUUUUAUUUGUUUUUUUCCAUCAGUUGCAAAUAUAAGAAAAGGCAGUACAAACUUUGCGUUUAAAACAGGAAUUCCAUUUAUAGCAAUAGUUAGCUUAAUUUUCUCCUUCUGUGGAAUGUUUUAGAAGGCAACCUCUUGAAUUUGGAUUAAGAUAAAAACAGAUACUACUAUUUUCUUGUCAUUUUAUUCGUUUGCUGCAGAACAUUAGCAACAAAUGUUAUCAUAGAAUAGCAAGUGACUUAAUUAAGGAUGUGGUUAUUGGGUAACAUAUUUUUUGCAGAUAUUGCCUUAUCAAGCACCUGAGUAUAGGAAAUUAAUUUUCCAAAUUAUUUGAUCAUUCUCAUCACUUUUUGUUGUCAGGCAUUUUUUUUGACCUCUAGAAUUUGGGUUGAAGAAUUGAAGGUAAUUGUUUUUUAUCAAUGUAUAGAACAUAUUUAUACAUAACAGCAGUAGCAAAGGUGCCCUUUUAGUAAACUGAUUAGUGCCUUUUAUGAAGGGGGAUUUGCAGUUCCAUAAAUCAACAUUUGUGAUGGAAAUGCUUUCUAAAUAGGGAAUUGUGGCACGUUCUUCAUCUGAUAGCAAUGCAUCAAAGCUAAAAUGCCUUCAGAAACAACCAAGUUCAAACCUCAGGACCAUAGAGGGACUAAUUUGAAACAGUAUUGGCUCAGGUUUUCAAUCAAAUAAUUACCCACAGUCCUUAGGAUUCUUAUUCCCAGAGGUAAAGCCAUAAUAGUUUAACAAUGAAAUGCAAACUGGAUAUCUUAGACCAGAGGUCCCCAACCUUUUGAGCACCAGGGACCGGUUCUGUGGAGAUAGGUUUUUCCGCGGACCAGAGGGUGCAUGGUUUUGUGUGCUGCCUGCAUUCUGCGGAUAGGGCUUUGUGCGGACUGGAUGCUGGCAUGCCGCAACCCAGUACUGGUCCAUGGAUCAGGGGUUGGGGACCCUUGUCUUAAACUAUGAACUAGGGGAAAAAAUAGACUAUUUGUUUCUUUCAAAACUGUCUCGAGAAUGAUAACUGCAGUAUGUCAGCAGAGCUGCAAUCUCUUACAGUGUCUUCAUACCAUGCAUUCUGCCUUUAGUAAUAAUUGGUAUAUAGGUGCCCAAGUUUUAAUAUGGUUUAAUUUCAGUAUUGCCCUACAAUUUUCUAUCCAAC